AUGGCGUAUCUCAAAAAGGUGACCGAUGCCAAAACCGACAGCGGUGUUGGCAACGGCUGGUUCAAGAUCCAAGAAGGCGGCUACAAGAACGGCAAAUGGGCCACAAACGAGGUCAUUGACAACAAGGGCAACGAGGUUAUCCAGAAUCCCAAGUGCAUUGCGAACGGUCAAUACCUUUUGCGCGCUGGGAUGGUUGCCCUUCAUGGUGCCAGAUCCACGAACGGAGCGCAGCUCUACAUGGAGUGUGCCCAGCUCAACAUCACCGGUGGGGCAGGCACGGCCAGCCCUACGACUUACAGCAUUCCGGGGAUCUAUAAGGUGAGAGAACAUUACAGAUCGGUAUGGGUAUCAGAAGAAUUGCAUGCUGAUGAGUAUGGACGGUCCAACGACCCGGGUCUUCUCAUCGACAUCUACUCCGUGAAGACCACCAGCCCUUAUGUUAUCCCAGUAACAAACUCCAGCGGUGCUGUCUACCUCAGGCUGUUAGUACAUUAUGUUAUUGCUGUCCUUUUCCCCAAUUCGGCUGUGCGCAACGAUCACGGUUUCAACCAUCAGCGUCCGAGCAAUCAUAGAGGUACUCCCGUCCAAAAAUUCCCCGUCUACCAAAACCUGCGCAAAAACACAAACUACAACAGCCCCGUCACCGCUCUCUCCUCCCCGGACCUGCGCUGCAACGUCGGCGGCGCCUCCGGAGCCUCCACCACCACCGUCGACGUCAAAGCCGGAGACAGCUUCACUUUCUACACUGACCAGGCUGUCUACCACCAGGGGCCGAUUAGUCUGUAUAUGAGCAAAGCACCAGCUUGCAUCAAGAACGGCGAGUACCUUUUGCGGAUCCAGUCGCUCGCUAUUCACAACCCGGGCAGCACGCCGCAGUUUUAUAUCAGCUGUGCGCAGGUUAAUGUUACCGGAGGUAGUGGCAGCAAAGAGCCGGGCCCGUUGGUGAAGAUCCCGGGCGCGUUCAAGGCGACGGAUCCGGGGUAUACUGCUAAUAUCUACAAUAACUUCAAGUCGUACAUUGUUCCUGGUCCGUCGGUGUUUAGCUGCUAG